AACCACUUUUAUGCACAACACCCCUAUCUUUUUGGUUAUCAUUCUCUUCUUUCUCUCUCUCAUGUAAUGUCUGAAGAGGAAAUGAACUUAUCGGUGAAUGUUAAUGGUCAGUCUAAGGUGCCUCCGGGGUUUCGCUUUCACCCUACUGAAGAAGAGCUUCUUCACUAUUACUUGAGGAAGAAAGUUGCGUAUGAAAAGAUCGAUCUUGAUGUUAUUCGUGAUGUUGAUCUUAACAAACUUGAACCUUGGGACAUACAAGAGAAGUGCAAGAUAGGAUCCACCCCGCAAAAUGAUUGGUACUUUUUUAGUCACAAAGACAAGAAGUACCCAACGGGAACCAGAACAAAUCGUGCCACUGCUGCCGGUUUCUGGAAAGCCACUGGCCGGGAUAAGGUCAUCUACAGUAGCUUUACGAGAAUUGGUAUGAGGAAGACACUUGUGUUCUACAAAGGGCGAGCACCACAUGGCCAGAAAUCUGAUUGGAUAAUGCAUGAAUACAGGCUCGACGAUAACACAAAUAUUACCACCCAAGAUGCUUGUGGAUCUAAUCUGUGCGAUUCUGCUCAAGAAGAUGGCUGGGUCGUAUGCCGUGUUUUCAAGAAAAAGAACUACCACAAAGCGCUUGAGACCCCCCAAAGAUCGCUUUCGGCUUCCAUGGAUUCAAGAACGCAGUUGCAAUCCUUAAAUAAAGACGGUGUUCUUGAUCAAUUACUCGUGUACAUGGGUAGCAAUAGGUCUUGUAAGGAAGAAAUAUUAGAUUCUUUAACAGCCAACCAAAAUGCCAUGCAACAAUUAGUUAGCCCCAUGAACAACAGGUUUUACCACCUUCCGAGACUCGACAGCCCCAUCAUGACCCUGUCACCUCACCACAGCUCUGCCUCAGCCAGCUUUGAUCAAGGGUUGAGUUUCAAGCCCCUUCUAAAUGACUUUCUAACAGAAGCCGAACAACAAAGAAAUACAACUGCAAACAUAGUCGAUGUUCAUGACUCACGUGAACGUCUUGAUAAUUGGGCAGAUCUUGAGAGGCUCGUGGCCAGUCAGUUGAACGGCCAAGUUGACUGUUCAAAGCAGCUUUACUCUUGCUAUACCGAACCAAAUCAUGAAGACUUCUGUUUCUCACUUGACCAUGAGGAUCAAGAACCACAGCAGGUUUGCGAUUCAACAACAAUGGUUAGACAGAACCACGCAUCAUAUUCGAGUGAGAUAGACCUCUGGAGCUUUGCUCGAUCAUCAUCGUCUUCGUCGUCCCCGGAUCCAUUAUGUCACUUGUCAGUAUAAAACUAUACGUACCUAGAAGUCACAACUUUGAGUUAUAUGAAGUUAAUAUAAAAUAGGAAAACGAAAAUAGGGUUUAGGGGUGAAUGAUCAAAUGACAAAAUGUGAGGUGAUUGAUGGAUAGGUAGCACAUAUGGGCGAAAAAGAAAAGCGGAAAACAUUACACGUACACAUAUUAUAUAGAAAAGGAUUGAAUAAAAAUUAGUGAAUAAAGUUAUAUGUUUGUAUGUAUGUAUCUAUGAUGGAUUUGGGGGUGCACCC